AUUUAUCUAUCAAAAAUACCCCGUACAGGCGACAACUUUACGUGGCAAACAACUGUCAAAUGGCUGCAGCAAAUGGGGGAAAAAAAAUCGAAUUAGGGAACUGACGUGGAAGUUCGUUUUUGCUUGCAACUAUUUUACGCUUUUAAUUGCCCUUCCUGUGCCGUGGCCAAGGAAAAAGCCAGCGGAACGAUUCAAGUGCAACCAGCAGCGGCAGUCAGUGGACAGAAAUUGUCCCAAAUAAGCCAGGAAAUUGUGUUUUUGCCUUGGCGAACUUUGAGCUGCUGCCACUUCUCCUUUCUCUACUCUCUGUGUGUGAAAGUUGUUGUCUGUUUUAAUUGUUGGCUGAAAGUAUGAAUCCGAAUAUGUACGGGCCGCCGCCCACGCAAUUCCAGCCACAGCCGCCGCAGCAACAGCAAUAUGCAGCACCACCGCCUGGGGCUGCGCUCGGUGCACCUGGUGGUUGGCCACCUCAACAGCAGCAGCCGCAGCAGCAGCAGCCGUCGCAGCCGCCGCAACAGCAACAACCACAGUAUGGAGCGCCACCGACAUCUUCAGCGCCACAAACGUACCUCAAUGGCAACUAUCAACAGCAGCUGGCCACGUCGAUGGGCGGCCUAAAUAUGGGUGGUGCUGGUGCUGGUGCUGGUGUGCCGGCGCCUCCUCUGAAGAUAGCCCAGCAGGCACCAGCUCCCACCGGUCAGGCUGCACAGCCGCUGCCCCCAACGGGUUUCAAUCAAUUCAAUUCGAACGCUGCGCCUCUGCCUCCGACCAACAAUAAUAAUUCUUUUGGUGCUCCGCCUCCGCCGUCAGCCAAUGGAGGAGCAGGAGCCUAUGCCAAUGGACCAACCCCAGUGGGAGCCCCGGGUAGUGCGCCGCCACCGCGCACCAUUACACCGCAGAGCGUGGCCAGUGGCAUCAAUCAGAUGAGCCUGAACAGCGGACAUUUGGCUGGCCUGCCGCAUAUGCCGCCGCCCAAGUCUGCAGCGCCCCAGAACGCAGCAGGAGCUGCUCCGCCACCAGCCCUGGGAGCGCCAGGAGCUCAACCAGCUGCAGGACCCUUUGGUGUCAGCACCUCAAGACCCGGACAGCCGCUGUUGCCCCCGGGCGCAGGUGCUCCGCCAACAUUUACGCAAGCAGGACUGCCGCCACAGUCGCAGCCGGGAUUGCCACCCAUGCAGCAGGCCGGUUUGCCGCAGCAGUCGGGCCUGCCGCCCAUGCAACAGCCGGGACUGCCACCACAACCGCAGCCAGGAGCAGCCUUUGGAGCACCACAGCAGCAGCAGCAGCAGCAACCAGGAGCGUCCUUUGGGGCACCACAGCAGCAGCAGCAGCCAGGAGCGCAGUUUGGUGCACCACAGCCUGGCGGUUACCCAGGCAGCUAUCCAGGCGGUCCACCGCCACUUCCCGGCCAACAACCAGCAGCAACGCCACAAUUUGGAGCACCACAAACAGCUGGUUAUCCUGGACAGCAUCAGCCAGGAGCGCCAGGAUAUCCACCACAACCCGGACAGCAGCCCGCAGCGCCAGGAUAUCCCCCGCAGCCCGGCUAUCCGCCACAGACCGGACAGCAGUCCAUGCCGGGCUAUCCACCGCAACCAGGACAACAGCCAGGAGCGCCAGGAUAUCCUCCGCAACCAGGACAACAGCCAGGAGCACCAGGAUAUCCCCCACAACCAGGCGGCUAUCCAGGGCAGGCAGGACAGCAGCAACGUCCUGGAUUUAAUCAACCUCCCAUGCCUGGAGCUGGCAACAUGUACCAGCAGGCACCGCAGCGACGCCUCGAUCCCGACCAAAUGCCGAAUCCCAUUCAAGUGAUGAUUGAGAACCAGAGGCUAGCCGGUGGACCGUUUGUGACCAAUCAACCGGGUCUGCUGCCGCCGAUGGUGACGACCAAAUUUGUGGUGCACGAUCAGGGCAACUCGUCGCCGAGGUUCCUGCGCUCCUCACUCUACUGCAUACCCAACACAGGAGAUCUGCUGAAGACCACAGCUCUGCCACUGACGCUGAACAUCUCGCCGCUGGCACGCACCGUCGAGGGAGAGCUAGAGCCGCCCAUCGUGAACUUUGGAGACAUGGGACCGAUUCGCUGCAAUCGCUGCAAGGCGUACAUGUCACCCAAUAUGCAGUUUGUGGAUGCGGGAAGGCGUUUCCAGUGUCUGAUGUGCAAGGUGUCGUCAGAGGUACAUCCCGAUUACCAUCAGCAUUUGGAUCAUACCGGACAGCGUGUGGAUAAGCAUGAAAGACCUGAAUUGCUGCUGGGAACCUACGAAUUCCUAGCCACCAAGGAUUACUGUCGUAACAACGUUCAGCCAGAGGUGCCUGCAUUUAUCUUCAUUAUUGAUGUAUCCUACAACACGGUCAAAUCGGGUUUGGUUCAUCUGCUGUGUGCCCAAAUCAAGAACAUACUCAAGCAUUUGCCGGUGGAUCAGGGCCAGGAUAAGUCCAAGGUGCGCGUCGGUUUCAUCACCUACAACAGCACCGUGCACUUUUACAACAUCAAGAGCAAUCUUGCUCAGCCACAGAUGAUGGUUGUUGGUGAUGUUCAGGAGAUGUUUAUGCCCCUGCUCGAUGGUUUUCUUUGCCAUCCAGAGGAAUCGGCAGCCGUCAUCGAUGCUCUGAUGGAGGAGAUACCUCGCAUGUUUGCAGACACCAAGGAAACGGAAACGAUUCUGUAUCCGGCCAUACAGGCAGGCCUGGAGGCACUCAAAGCCUCCAAUGCCGCGGGCAAGCUGCUGGUGUUCAACUCCACGCUGCCCAUUGCCGAGGCACCGGGCAAACUAAAGAAUCGCGAUGAUCGUAAGCUGCUGGGCACCGACAAGGAGAAGACUGUGCUGACGCCACAGGUGACAGUGUACAAUACGCUCGGACAGGAGUGCGUGCAGCAGGGCUGCUCGGUGGAUUUGUUUCUCUUCAAUAAUGCGUACAUCGACAUUGCCACCAUUGGACAGGUGGCGCGCUUGACGGGUGGAGAGGUUUACAAGUAUACCUACUUCCAGGCGGAUGUCGAUGGCCAGCGGCUGAUCGAGGACAUAAUCAAGAAUGUCUCACGACCGAUUGCCUUUGAUGCGGUUAUGCGUGUGCGCACAUCGGCGGGCAUACGUCCCACAGAGUUCUUUGGACACUUCUUCAUGUCCAAUACAACGGAUGUGGAAUUGGCCAGUAUUGAUGCCACCAAAUCCAUAAGCAUUGAGAUCAAACACGAUGACAAAUUGCCGCCCGAGGAGAACAUCUAUGUGCAGGUGGCUUUGCUGUAUACCUCCUGCAGUGGCCAGCGUCGUUUGCGUGUCCUCAAUCUCGCUUUGCGCGUGACCACCACCAUUGCGGAUGUAUUCAAGAGCUGCGAUCUGGAUGCCAUUAUGCUUUUCUUUGCCAAACAGGCCUGCUUCAAGCUAAUGGAGCAUUCUCCCAAGCAGGUCAAGGAUAAUAUAAUUCACCGCUCGGCACAGAUUUUGGCCUGCUAUCGCAAGCAUUGCACUUCGCCCACAUCCGCGGGUCAGUUGAUACUGCCCGAGUGCCUCAAACUGCUGCCGCUGUAUGUCUCGUGCCUGCUCAAGAACGAUGCGAUAUCGGGUGGCUCCGACAUGACGCUGGACGAUCGCUCCUUUGUCAUACAGUUUGUGCUGUCCAUGGAUCUGAAUAUGUCUGUGAACUUUCUGUAUCCCAGAUUCAUUCCCAUACACAAUGUCAGCGCUGAGGAGACGGAGCUGCCGACACCAGUGCGCUGCACGCACGAGAAGAUCACAGAGGAUGGCGCCUACAUACUGGAGAACGGUGUGCACUUGUUCAUUUGGCUGGGCCAGUCGCUGUCCCAGAACUUUGUGCAGUCCGUGUUCGGUGUCCAGGGACUGCAGCAGUUGGCACUCGAAAGGUUUAACAUUACAGCGGAGACGCCACUGGCGCGACGCAUUACUGAUAUUCUGGAGCAGAUUAUGCACCAGCGUACGCGUUAUAUGAGGAUCACUUGGCUGCGACAGAAUGACAAGCUGGAGAGUGUGUUCCGGCAUUUCCUUAUCGAGGAUCGUGGCACUGAUGGCUCUGCCAGCUAUGUGGAUUUCCUCUGUCACAUGCACAAGGAGAUCAAGGAUCUGUUAAGUUAGCACGUAGGCGGCUACACAUACAAGCUGCCAACAGCAGCAGCUGCCUCCAGUGCAGGUGGACGCGACUGGUGCGACAGCUAUUCCCAGAAUCGGGCACGCAUGCGACGGCUAUCGUCCAUGCGCAGUCGCUUUGGCAAGUGAGGCAAGGAGUAGAGUGCAUCGUGCAUCGUGUGGAGUGAAGCA